UCACUCUCAGUGUGUACAGCAGUGUGGACUGGAGAGGAGACACGCUUUCACCACUGUGAUAGGCUUUAAAUAGCCUCCUGACUUUAGAUUUCCAGCUGAAGCUUUGUGGCACCGCAGGGAGUGUGAGGAUGAUCCCUUAUUUCUGCUUGCUCCUCUGCUGGCUGGCUCUUCCUCUACAAGGUCUGGAGAUACUUGACCCAGAGGAGGUGGAAUACAUUCGCUCUCGUGCUACAGCGAGAGUGGGAGGCUCAGUCACCUUGGACUGUGGUUCUACCAUGCCCACCAUCUUCAUCUGGGGCUUCACCAAACCAGGAACUGAAAAUAACGUAGCAGUGGCUUACAACUAUGGACAGGGCCCGAAGCUCCACUCUCCGUCCAGCAGCCUGGGCCGUAUGCAGGUGGCCAUCAACAGCUCUGCUUUGGUCAUAGAGGAGCUUCAGAGGGACGCAGAGGGGAUGUACACCUGCCAGGCUUUGUAUGAUACAGAUGAAGGGGCCAGGAUAACUUUCUACUUCACCCGGUUGGAUGUGGAGGAUGACUGAUGAUAACUCUCUGGCUUAUUUAGUUCCCAUCAGCCUCGUCACUUCACAAGUGUGUCGAUUAAUGUCUGCUCUUAAGAUUCAUGACCACUGUGUGUAUCUUCAAACCAUCUGCUUUAAAGAGUUGGCUCAUCCAAAUUCCCCAAAACAUGUUCUCAAACUUACUUCCAGUGGUAUUGAGCCAAGCAUGUCGAUUUGUCAAGAUUUUCUUGCCCCCACUAUAAUACAGUGAGGGGAAUUUCACCAAUGAAAAUAUACGGCUAAAGGAUCAAUUUCCAACAUUUAAAUCUGUUUACUCACCAUGGAGAGUACUACUCAACAGUUGUCUAAUAUAGGGGAGCUUUGUAAGACUAAGACCUGCGUAAAGUCAUCAGGGGUUAAUUUGACUUGGCCUUGGACACUACAAAUUGUUAACCAAGCACCAAACAAGCUACUAAAAUUUUGUAGCUUGUCCCAUACAAGGGACUAAAAACCAAGAUAUCUCAGAUUCUGCUUCAUUGAUUUUGACUACUCAUCUGUCUCAUGUGAGUCCCCAGACUUUACUGGGAGAACUCAGAAUUUUUGUACUACCUCGAUGUCUCUUUGGAAACAAAGUCCUGGUUACUAUGGGUAAUCAGACCUCUAUAUGAGCAAUUUAAACAGAAGUAUCAAAUAAAUUGUCCCUAAAAAACACAUUGUGACAUUGUGUUCUGUGAAUUAUCCAGAGUAACAGGGAGGCUAUUUCACACUGCUGUACAUCACAAACAAAAUUCCACUCACAGUUGGCAGAAAUCUCAUUAAUAGUUAACUCGAUACCUGGGCGAACAAACCCCAAACUGCGGGGCGAAAUACCACGAGGGUUAAGUGACAAAAUGUUUUUUGUCCUUUCAGUGAACAGUUUUAGCGCGAGACUGGACUGCAAUACACACUGAAACACUUUGAUCAGUGAAAGACUGUGCUAUUGUGUCCUGCAAUCUUUGUAGCCAUAUAAACUUACGAAGCGUGACACCAUGUAGACCUGAGGUUGCGGUUUUCUUUUCAAAUACUUAACCAGUCUUGUGUUGAUUAUUAAAACCAUCUGGAUAGUGGGUUCAUUAGACAAGACUAUUUUUUUUGUUUUUGUUUUUCUUGAAAUAUAUUGUUCAUUACUGUUUCUGCUUAAUUCUAACAGCCAACAUGCUGUGCUGUUUUUCUUUCUUUAAGUGUAUUAGUCUCAGUUAUUUAACUACUGUGUGUUGUCAUUUUCAGCUGAGUGAAAGACUGUGGCACGACCAGACUGACACAUCUCAACAUUUUAAAGCACAUCGCUCGAGGCCACAAUCUCUCAUUCCUGAAUAAUUUCUGGGGAACAUUUCAGCUCCUUUGAACUGACAGAUACCUUGACAUGAAUCCUUGCACAUAAGACAAAUGUUCUCCUAAAUAAUUCAUCCGUAUGAAAUAAACAUUACAUUACUCAUAUGU